AUGGACAACGGCAUCACGCCACAAUUCUUACUGCGGGGUUUAGCAGUCGAAGAAGCGGUCUCGUUGAAGCUUCGCGCCGUUGAGGUUGUUUGCUUGGCAGGCCCCGGGCCUUUGCUGGUCGGACCGCUCUCACUCCGACAUAUGGAGUCAGCGGGUCUCAUCAGAAGCUGCUUGGGUUUCCAAGCUGUCUGUCAUAAGUACGCAUUUUCACUUGUGAAUCAUCAGGUGUACAAUGUUACGGAGCAUCAGCAAAUCAGGGGAAAUACCCUUAUGAGGGAUUCUCAACUGUCCAAUCCUUUCAAUUUAAUGAUACAACAAGAACUAAUGAAUAUGAUGCUGGCAUGCCUAAAGAGGGUGGAUAGAGCAAUGAUCUCGAAUGCAGAACGCCUGCUGUGCGGACUCCUUUGUGCGACAAAGUUCUUCAUCCGAAGCCAUGGCUCGCUCAACCAUAUGGAGGGAAAAGACCUGGGAGGCAAGCCGUUGUCUUUUGCGAAGUCGAGCGUUGAUGUCGAUGGCAACGACUCGGACGCUGGGGCUGGCAACGGCACAAGCAAGGAGGCCGAUGGCGCUAACACCGAAGACAAGAACGGGUUGACCAGCAGUGAGGUUCGCGCGGCGCGUACCGUGGAUGAGAACACACAGGGCUCCAAGAGUGCGGCUUGCUCAAAUGAGAUCGGUUAG